GGGGUGAACAAGAAGAAGAUACUAAAACGAUCAAACAAUAAAAAUCUUCAAGAAUUUGAAUAGUCCUUUUCAAUUUUGAAUCAACUCUCAUCCAACCCAACUUCUUAAAUUCAAUCUGUUUCCCUUUUUUUGUGUUUUUUUAUCCCCGGAAAUCUCUCUUUUAUCACUCUCUCUGAAACCCUAAUCUAGCUUUUUUCCUCCAUCGUCAUGACCAACGAAGACGACACGAAGAACAUAUACAGCGACGUCCAUGAAAAUGUCAGGAAGAGAAAGAACAGCAGCAACCGCAAUGGAAACAGUAUUGAAAACCAGAACUCAAAGAAGAUUCAUCACUACAACCACAACCAUGAGGAACAAAAAGAAGAAAAAGAAGAUGAAGAUAAUAUGCUUUCCCUUACUCUCGCGAUUUGUCCUGCAAAACCUAUACAGGAGAUCACAGAACAAGAAUCUUCUCCAUUGCCAUCACAACCUCUAGACUCUCUUCCAGAAACAACGCCAUCACUGCAAGUUUCUUUAUCAGAAUCUAUGCCGCGACCGCAACACCAAGUUCAACCGCCGCCAAAUCACGGCACUUACGUCUCCUCGUUAAUAAACGACAACCAAAUUUUACCAGCACGGCAGUUACGUGUCCGACGGAACCCGACACAGGCACCCGGCGAAGGAAAAAGCGACACGGUGCCUGCGCUAUUCCCGUGGGCCACGACGCAACGUGCUGUCAUCCAGAGUUUCAAUUGUUUGGUGGCGAAGAAUAUAACGACCAUAAGCGGUGACGUUCAUUGCAAGAAAUGCGAGGAACGGUACAAAUUGGAGUACGAUUUGCAAGAUAAGUUUCUCGAAGUGUGGAGUUUUAUUGCAGAGAACAAGAGCAGUAUGCAUGACAGGGCUCCCAAAGUGUGGAUGUACCCCGUGCUGCCCACGUGCGAGUUUUGUGGGCAAGAGAAUAGCGCCAGGCCGGUGCUUCCACCGAAGAAGAAGCAGAUGAAUUGGUUGUUUUUGCUCUUGGGACAGUUGCUUGGUUGCUGCACACUCGAGCAAUUGAGGUAUUUCUGCAAACACACCAAAAACCAUCGAACUGGGGCUAAAGACCGUAUUCUUUAUCUCACGUACCUUGGACUCUGCAAGCAACUCGAUCCCAGUGGCCCUUUCGAUCGUUGAGAUUAAUCAUCUGGGUGGAAAAAGUGU